AUGAAUGGGAUUCAUUUAAAUUCGACUAUUCCCAUGCCAGAACCCUCCCUUGGGACAAUAGAGCGUUGCCCCUCCGUUGGUGCAGAUCUUCUAGAGAAAAGCCACUUUCUUCACCGGCCUCACAGUGUCCCUGGAAGCUCCUCAUUCCUUGAAGAGACACCAGCACCUGAUAACUACACGCCGCGCCUCAGCAAACCGGCUUUUUGCUCCCUGCCGUCGAAUUUGAGUUCUCUUGGGGGACGCUUGAGUUUACACGUUGCACCUGAGGUAGAGCAGCUCCCAGAUAAAACAGGAGUAACAGACUUCACGAAAAGUGACCAAACAAUGUACGGGGGUGCCGCUGUUAACGGCCUAAAUACGCAGGUAACACCAAAGACAGAGGCGGCGUCUCUUUUAGUUGGCGCGAAAAACACCCCAGCGGUGUUCACUAUGAAGCGCGGAACUAUCAACGUCUCGGUUCGUGUACGACCAGCACUCCGUGGCUCUGUAAAACCAACCUGUUGCCGGCUGCACAAGGAAGACGGUUUAAUUGAAUACGUGCCCCCUCCGAAAGAGUUUAGUGUGCAGCCGAAGGCUCAGGGUUUCGCCUCUGGGAGUCCCUUCGACAGCAAUUCGCAGCAGCGGGAAAUAGAGGAGCGCGGCAGCUUCUUCGCCUUCGAUGCCGUACUCGGAGGUGACACCACGCAGAACGAAAUAAUGGACCGCGUCGGUCGCCCUAUUCUGCAGAAUGUGCUGGAAGGAUUCAAUGGAACUAUCCUCUGCUAUGGACAGAGCGGAAGCGGUAAAACUCAUACAAUGCUUGGACCUGCGGGUGGCUUGCCUGAGCGCUUGGCUGACCCGGAUGAGGCGGGGAUAUUACCGCGAAUGCUGCAGGAGUUGUUUGCUCGGUUGGAAAACAAGGGUUUACAUCAAACGUCCUCGGCAACCACGGCCACAGAGCAGGAGCGAAGUCAGAUGAGAAAAACGGAAGCAAUGUCUGGGGGCAAGGCCUCACAACCUGCACGCGAGUGGGGUUAUGCAGUGGAAGUGAGUGCAAUGGAAAUCUACAAGGAAGACAUGUACGAUUUAUUGCAGUUUAUUUUGAAACCCAAAACUUCCAAAAAGGGCUGCGACACAACCAAUGAAACGGGGGCUGGGGGCCAAUCAAUCGAUGCAAAAGGGGUAGUGUGUCAGAAUCGGGUCGCAGUUGGUACGGCCUCCCGUCGCGCCAAAUCCACCGCGUCCAGUGCCACACUGAAAAUACGGGACGUUGCAAAUGUGGGAGUUGUUGUGGAAGGCCUUUCAUGGCAUCCGGUGCGUGAUGCCGAGGAAGCGCUACAUGUUCUCAAAUGGGCAGCAGUGCAGCGUCAUGUCGGUUCGACAGCAGUGAACCAGCGGAGUGGGCGCUCUCAUCUAUUCUUUUACAUUGCAUUACGGCAACGGGAGGCACCUGUGGUGAAUAAGGGUCAGGGCGCGUUGGGUUUAGCACCGCAGCCGCCAUUAGUAAUAACAGAAAUUCGAUCAUUAGCGACUCUGGUGGACUUGGCCGGUUCCGAGAGGGUAGCCGAUACGAAGGCUAACGGAAAGCGACUAGAAGAGGCACGACACAUUAAUCUUUCCUUAACUCUGCUGGGGAAUGUUAUUAGGAAACUCACCACGAACCCUAAGGGAGGGGAUGCCGUGCACAUACCGUAUCGUGACUCUAAACUCACACGGUUGUUGCAGGAAAGUAUCGGCGGGAAUGCCGUGACAGCGCUCCUCUGCACCAUAUCCCCGGAUCUAAAGGACGCAACCGAAACCCUUUCAACACUACAGUUUGCUAAAUGCGCCAAGAGGGUGCAGAACCGACCUGUCGUGGGUCGUACGGAGACGAAGGCCGAACUACUGGCAAAAGUAAGGAGGCUAACUGUACGUAACAAGUGGCUAGAAAAGCAGCUUUCAACAAUGAGUAGUCGGUUAGGAAGUUUUGGCGCCACUUCAUACAGCCCCGAGCUUUCAGAUACGCCAGCCAGAGAUCCACGGAUUGUUGGAUUGUGCUCUUCCCGUUUGAGUACGCUGCACCACGAAAGGGAAUCGGAUGAUACGUUCCUGGGAGGUUUUCAGGAUUCACUGUGCUCUUCACCACCUGUUUCCCUGAGUCGAAUAGUGCCGCACCUCUGUCUGCGGCGUAAAGACGGUGUCAAUGAAGGACAGGUGGGACGUACACCUGCAAGCGAGCCACGAAUGCGUGCUCGCGCCAGGCGUAUCUAUAGAGUUACGGUAUUUACUUCACUGAGCUUCGCUUUCUGGGCAUUUGCUGCGCGGCUUCUAUGCAUGUUUGUCCCAUCAGUAAGAUGCUUGCCAGCACCCGUAGAGGAGGUAUUCAUUCCCGUAGCUGAUUGUCCUGCAUGCAUGACUGUUCCUCUACGCCGCAGCCGCGCCACACAGUCCGAGAGUUGCGAGACAUCCUUAUGA